AUGCCAUCCCAAGCCACGCCAACCCAUGCCAUCCCAAGCCACGCCAACCCAUGCCAUCCCAAGCCACAGCAACCCAUGCCAUCCCAAGCCACGCCAACCCAUGCCAUCCCAAGCCACAGCAACCCAUGCUAUCCCAAGCCACGCCAACCCAUGCCAUCCCAAGCCACAGCAACCCAUGCCAUCCCAAGCCACGCCAACCCAUGCCAUCCCAAGCCACAGCAACCCAUGCUAUCCCAAGCCACGCCAACCCAUGCCAUCCCAAGCCACGCCAACCCAUGCCAUCCCAAGCCACAGCAACCCAUGCUAUCCCAAGCCACGCCAACCCAUGCCAUCCCAAGCCACGCCAACCCAUGCCAUCCCAAGCCACAGCAACCCAUGCCAUCCCAAGCCACACCAACCCAUGCCAUCCCAAGCCGUGCCAGCCCAUGCCAUCCCAAGCCGUGCCAACCCAUGCCAUCCCAAGCCACACCAACCCAUGCCAUCCCAAGCCGCACCAACCCAUGCCAUCCCAAGCCGCACCAACCCAUGCCAUCCCAAGCCGCACCAACCCAUGCCAUCCCAAGCCGCACCAACCCAUGCUAUCCCAAGCCGCACUAA